AUGGGCGUGAAGGACCAUCUGGAGGAUGGGACGGGCCACAUCCUCAGCCUGGGGCUGGAUCUGGACUACCUCCAUGUAGAAGGUGCUGAGCGGCAGGUCGGCCUGAGCACUGGGACAGGUGCUGGGAAUACAGGGGUCUUACAGGUCGGCGCUGGUGCCCCGAGUAACAGCAAUAACAGCAUUGGUAGUAGCACAAGUUUUAGUACUAAUUCAAGCUGUAGCAGCAGCAGCUGCAGCAAUUUCUCUGACAGCGACGAUGAACGGCUCCAGAGUGGGUCUGCUUCUGAAUCUCAAAACCUUCAGCAAGAUCACCUGCGCCACCAAGAGUCCUCUUCAGUCCUUCAGACAGUCAGGCUGGACCUGGCACCAAACCAGUCUGCUGGAGACCCCCCUAAGUCAGAGAUAUCACCUCCCAGUGACCCUGUCACAGACUACCGCGCCAAGGUGGAGUUUGCUCUCAAGUUAGGUUACUCUGAGGAGCUGGUGCUACUGGUGCUGAGGAAACUGGGUCCAGUUGCACUUAUCAAUGACGUCCUGGGUGAGCUGGUCAAACUAGGGACCAAGAUAGAAGUCGAGCAACAAGGAGGCUCGACUGUCUCCCAGUCUCCAUCUUCAUUAUCAUCCUCUUUGGCCUGCUCCUCCUCUUUAUCCUCCUCCAACUCGUCUCUGGACUCCUGCCGGCUGCUGUGUCCAUCCCAGCUGCUCGAGGACAAAGAAAACCUUCGUCCGGUUGUGGUGGACGGGAGCAAUGUAGCCAUGAGUCAUGGAAAUAAGGAAGUGUUCUCCUGUCAAGGGAUCCAGCUGGCUGUUGAUUGGUUCUUGGAGCGAGGUCAUCGAGACAUAACUGUUUUUGUUCCAGCCUGGAGAAAGGAGCAGUCACGACCUGAUGCCCUCAUCACAGACCAAGAGAUCUUACGGCGACUAGAGAAAGAGAAGAUCCUGGUCUUCACUCCAUCUCGCCGCGUGCAGGGGCGCCGUGUGGUUUGCUAUGAUGACCGUUUCAUCGUCAAACUGGCCUUUGAGUCAGAUGGCAUCAUUGUUUCCAAUGACAACUACCGCGACCUUGCCAAUGAGAAGCCAGAGUGGAAGAAAUUCAUUGAUGAGCGUCUUCUGAUGUACUCCUUUGUAAACGACAAGUUCAUGCCACCAGAUGACCCGCUGGGACGCCACGGGCCCAGUCUGGACAACUUCCUGAGGAAGAGGCCUAUUAUUCCUGAACACAGGAAACAACCAUGUCCUUAUGCGAAGAAGUGCACUUAUGGCCACAAGUGCAAGUUUUACCAUCCUGAGAGAGGUAACCAGCCCCAGCGUGCUGUGGCUGAUGAGCUCCGUGCUAGUGCCAAAAUUUCAUCAGUCGCUUCUAAAGGUCUGCUGGAAGAUACUCUGAUGGUGAAGAGCCAAAGUCCAGGUCAACCAGGAGAAAUGGCUGAGGCCGAGCUGAGUCGAGGCACUCCAAAGAAACAGCCAAACCCCAGCCCUCGGAGCUCCUUCACUGACCUUGAGGACCGAUUUCGGAUUCAGUCCAAAGUUGAAGGACGUAGGGGAAGUAGCAGCAGCAGUAGCAGUAGCUGUAGCAGCAGCUUUCUAACGUAUCCUGCUCCUGGGGGGCCCCCUGUAUUAGGAAGCUUUGACCGAUGGGAGCACCCUGGGGGAAGUGUUGGAGGCAGCUCCAGGGCUGUUGGAGCCUCUGGAUUGAGCCAGGCAGAAACUUACCACAGAUGUGAGUCUCCAGACCUGGGCUACAGCUCGCUGGUGAAGCCGUACUCGAGCCUCAGCCUGGUAGUGCCACAGAGUCCGGAAAGCUCCUUCACAGCUGAUCUGCGAGCCGGAUCACUGCUGUCAGACUGCAGCAGUGAAGGCAGCUCAGACUCCUUCUCCCCUGACCCUUUAUUAGAUGAGGGCCCCAAGUGCCACCAUCACCACCACCAUCCUCACCAUCAUCAUCACUGCUCGGGCCAGUACGCCCACCCUGUAAGCCGUGUUCCCCCUGGACUGGGCCAGCAUGCUCCUCAUGGUUAUCCUGUUCCUCAAGCACUAAGGAGACAAUACGGUUUGGGUUUGGACGACCAUCCAUCUUCUGCUACCUCUCAUGCAUCUCCACGUCCCUUCAAGCCUCCAUCUAACCACAUUCUACCCCAGAUUCAGCAUUCGUUGCUGAGCAGUUUCCCUGGGGCGUUCCCAGCUCGUACACAUCAAACAUCCACUGCUCACUCCCACUCUCAGAGCGCCCCCGUCAGCCGCAAUGUGAUGGGAUCUCUUUGGCAGGACACUGGGCCUCAGGACUCCCAAGUGUACAAAGAGUCACCACUUCAUCCCCGAAGAAACCUCUCUGGGCUAAACCAACAACCACAGCAUCAGAUUAACUGGGACCCCCAUUACCAGCAGUCCCCUAAGCCUUGUUAUGAUCCGUUUGCCUUCCAGAGUCUUCCAGAAGUCCCUGAGAAGGUUUGGUACUCUCCUUGGGGCAGGCAGGCCCAUUCAUCACCACGUGGCCUUUCAGCAUUGAGUCCUCCACCGCUCCCACAGCUAACAUUAACCCCUCCAUCCAUCACAACCCACAACAACCACCUGCCUCCAGUGCCCCAGCACCAGGAGCCCCCUUCCCUGGGUCGAUACCAGGACCUUAGAGAGAGGGUGUUUGUUAACUUGAGCCGUAUCUUCCCUCCUGAUCUGGUGAGGAUGGUGAUGACCAGGAACCCUCAUAUGGUGGACGCUCAGGAGCUCGCAGCUGCAAUUCUGAUGGAGAAGUCACAGCACGGUUCUUAACCAGGCUCAGAUCUACAGGUUUAUCCCUUGCAAUCCCGUUAACAAACCAAGGAUCCUCUAAGGAAUACUUCAUCCACAAA